ACUCCAUCCACCAUGACUGACUGUGCCCAACACACCGCGGACCGCAUGGUCCUCUUCCCAGGCGGCAGUCCUUGGAGAGGAAACUGGCGAUCAGACAUCAUCCGUAGCAACAAAAGCAUUGCCUAUGUUGAGUUCACCUCCUACGCCGAGCUCGGACAGACCGAACUUCACGGGUGGCUCGACCGCAAAAACAUCAACGACCGGCCUUCUGCAAGUAUCUCUACAACCGGCGCCAACAACCAUUGGAACUUGGAUGGGUUCGAUGCCUUCGAACUCGAGCUGUGCAAGUCCGACGGAAAAGUAUACACCAUCGCGCUGGACGAUCAAAGUGGAGUUACCUGGGAGGCCAAGUUCCGACAUGAAAAUAUCAAGGGGCUCACAACAGCCGUUAAUAAGGUCAUCCGGUUCCGUAACUUGAAGCCAAGGGGCUACAAUGCAGAUGCAGUGGCACCCCCGGAUAUGGGCAAUAUCAGGAAAUUCGAACUCUCCUUUCCAAGUAUGGACGGAAAACAGGAAGGGUCCUUUAUGAUUAGUAUAGCCUCGAUCAGUGCGGUGAGGCUUCCAUGUGAAUGCGCUGCAACGCUCGACCCAAAGCUCGAUGAGCCUCUUAAAGGGUUGGAAUACGCCUGGGAGAAGGUGAAAUACAGAACAAGCGCACUUGCAUUCAAGCUGCACUUGAAAAGACCCAAGCCGAGACUGCGCAAAAGGCGGCGGUCCUUUUGGCUGAGAUCAGGCCGCCGGCCCUAG